CCGCCCCGCGCGGUCACGUGACGCGCGGCAGCUCCGGGCAAGCUCCGUUCCCCCCCCCGCCGCCGUCGCCGCCACCGCCGCCGCCCCGGUCCGGCCGCGCCGCCCCCGCCCCCGCCAUGCUGCGGCCGCCCGGCGAUGCCUGUGGCUUGUGGCUCCGCUGAUCCGCUGGCACCUCCGGCUCCUGCUGUCCCCCAUGGGCUCACCAGUGUCCUUUGUCCUCUCCAGGAUGGCGGCCUGCGGGGGGGCCGCUAAGAACAAAGUGACGGUUUCCAAACGGGUCUGGGACUUCUUGACCAAGGAGAGCCCGGCCAAGCUGGCCCGCCUGAAGGAGGAGACCAAGGUCAGCAUCAUGGUGGACGGCGAAACCUCCGACAUCUACGUCCUGCAGCUCUGCGUGCCCCCCCCCGGCCCCCCCGGGGGGCUCUGCCCGGCCCGCAAAGCCCUCAAAGCUUUAUUGAAAGAAACGGAAAAAGAAUUAAAGAAGAAAAACCAACGGCACGGCGAGCUGGUGGGCUGCGUGGCCGUCCUGGAGCCCGGCGGACCCGCUUUGGGGGGCCGGGGGCCAGCGGGGGGCCGCGGCGGCGGGGGGGGUUCGGGAGCGAUGGCGGGUUCUUCCCGGGAUGAAGAACCCGAGCGGCAAUGUCCCAUCUGCCUGGGGGAGAUCCAGAAGAUGAAAACCUUGGAGAAAUGCCGGCAUUCCUUCUGCGAGGACUGCAUCACCCGGGCGCUGCAGGUGAAAACGGCCUGUCCCAUGUGCGGCCGCUUCUACGGGCAACUGGUGGGCAACCAGCCCCCCAACGGCCGCAUGCUGGUCACCCGCGACGCCGGCCUCCUCCUGCCCGGCUACGAGAAGUUCGGCACCAUCAUCAUCCAGUACGUCUUCCCGCCCGGCGUCCAGGGGGUGGAGCACCCCAACCCGGGGGUGCGUUACCCCGGCACCACCCGCGUCGCCUACUUGCCCGACUGCCCCGAGGGCAACAAGGUGCUGGGGCUGUUCCGCAAGGCCUUCGCCCAGCGCCUCACCUUCACCGUGGGCACCUCCAUGACCACGGGCCGCGCCAACGUCAUCACCUGGAACGACAUCCACCACAAGACCAACUGCACCGGCGGGCCCCAGCUGUUCGGGUACCCUGACCCCACGUACCUCGCCCGGGUGCAGGAGGAGCUGCGGGCCAAGGGCAUCACCGAGGACUGAGCCUGGGGGGGGGGGCAGCGGGACACCCCCCCCGCCCCCCCGGGGGGCACCAGGGCCCACCGAUAGGUGAGGGGGGGGUGUUUGCCACGCAGCCCCCCCACAGACGGCGUCACUCUGUACAUACCCCCCCCCCCCGCGGCCCCCCCAGGAUGGUCGGACAGGCUGGGGGGGGGGUCCUGUGCCCCCUGCCCCCACCUCCCCCCCGGUGGUCAGUGCCCCAUGGGGUAU